AUGAUUGAUUCAAUUAAUUUAGAAACCCCAGCAAGACCCUAUAAUGAUGGAUCAUAUGAAACUGUGCAGGAGUGCAGAAGGAAUCCUUAUUUCCUUAAAUUUCAAGGAGUAUCACCAAGAAAACACAUACAAGAUUUAUUGAAUCAUUACAGGAAGCCAUUUAAAUUUAUUGAAAAAUAUAGUGAUAUUCGGUUGUUUGAUUUAUUAAGUGAUGAAAUAAAGGAGAUAAAGGAUGGUGUUCUUUUUGAUAUGGAAAGAGUUGUUAAGAAAAAAGAAGGGAAAAAGAAAGUAAAUGAAUAUUUUGGAAAAAUAGAAAAUUUCAAUGAGAAGGAAAUCUUGGAAGUAAAAAAGGUAAAGGAGAAUGUAAAAGCUAAAAAUAAUAAGAACAAGAAAAACAAAUCAGGCAACAACAAAGGGCAAAUCAGAACAACUAAGGAGGAAGAUUCUAAGGGAACAGAAACUAAAAAUUUAGAAAAGGAAUUGACAAAAAGUUCAAUUUCUGUUAAUCAAGAAGUAUCAACUAAAAAUACAAAGAAAAUCAGCAAUGAUACUGUCGUUGAAAAAAUAUUACCAAAAUCUGAAAAUGCCGAUUUAAAGUCAAAUUUGACACCUACAGCAUCAUUGACUAAGUCCGAAGGCUUAGAGGUUUUGUAUUUAAUUCUUUAA